AGUUGGAAGAAGCUCUUUUAUUAAUAUGAGUGCCACCAUUAAGGAAUGCCUUGAACUUCAGUUACUAGAGCUGGAAAUGCUCUUCUCUAUGUUUCCUAACAAAGAAGACAUUAUACUGAAUGAUGCCAAAUCUGUUCCUCUAAUAAGAAAGUAUGUAGAAGGAAUGUAUCAGUCUCUGCCACCAUCUGUUGGAUAUACAGUGUGUGUUAAGACCGAGGAUGAGAAGGUGAAGGCAGAAAUGCACGUGUCACUUCCUCACAGUUACCCUACAAAGGAGCCACAGUUGUUUGUCCGAUCUGAUUUUUUGGAAAAGCAGCAGCAUAAUGAUCUAAACAGAUGCCUGUCAUCCUUCAUCGGUUCAUUGGAGCGCGGGGAUCUAUGCAUCAUGAACGCUGUACAGUGGCUGAAAGACAACCUCUCCUCUUACAUACAGAGCACCAAAAAUGGUACUGACCCUGAACCAAACCUUAAAAGAGUUAGAACUUUCCAUCGAAUGUGGAUUUACAGCCACCAUAUAUAUCGCCAGGAAUUAAAGAAGAAGAUCUUGGACUGUGCCAAGCACCUGAAUCUGACCGGUUUCUGCUUGACGGGAAAGCCAGGCAUUAUAUGUGUAGAAGGGGAGAAGGACCAAUGUGAGGAAUUCUGGCGUGACAUCCGCUAUCCUAACUGGAAACAUAUCUCCUGCAAACAUGCUGAGACCAUGGAAGUGACCGGUGCCAUGGAUAAUCUGCGCCUGUUUACUUCCUUUGAAGAACUGAUAUUUGCGGCUCAUGGAGACUAUGGACUCAGGAAUGAUUACCACAUGGACCUUGGGCAGUUUUUUGAUUAUCUUAAACAGCAUCAAAGCGAGCACAUCUUUCAAAUACUGUUUGGCAUUGAGGGGAAAUCUUGACUGACCAAAAUCUGGUUUAUGGUUGUUGCCAAAAUAAAAGUUUGGUU